AUGGGAUGGAGUCACAGCCGUCCUCUGAUUGGUGGAUGUGUAAAAGACUCCGUCCUUCGUGGACAAGAUACAAGAUCCUCCCAAGUAAAAUACCUGGUAGUGUCCAAGAGGAGCAAGGACAUGUUGGACAACACAGCAGAAUCCGUACAAAAGGUUGAUUGUUCUGAUGACUGCUCAUGCAGUAGUUUAGGCUCACCCAUCAGUCAUAGCAGUCGAUACCAUUGUGAUAAUGUAACAGGCAGUAGUUUAGGCUCACCCAUCAGUCAUAGCAGUCGAUACCGUUGUGAUAAUGUAACAGGCAGUAGUUUAGGCUCACCCAUCAGUCAUAGCAGUUGGUACCAUUGUGAUAAUGUAACAGACAGUAGUUUAGGCUCACCCAUCAGUCAUAGCAGUUGGUACCAUUGUGAUAAUGUAACAGACAGUAGUUUAGGCUCACCCAUCAGUCAUAGCAGUCGAUACCAUUGUGAUAAUGUAACAGGCAGUAGAAGUUUAGACUCGACCAUCAGUCAUAGCAGUCGAUACCAUUGUGAUAAUGUAACAGACAGUAGUUUAGGCUCACCCAUCAGUCAUAGCAGUCGAUACCGUUGUGAUAAUGUAACAGACAGUAGUUUAGGCUCACCCAUCAGUCAUAGUAGUCGAUACCAUUGUGAUAAUGUAACAGACAGUAGUUUAGGCUCACCCAUCAGUCAUAGCAGUCGAUACCAUUGUGAUAAUGUAACAGGCAGUAGUUUAGACUCGACCAUCAGUCAUAGUAGUCGAUACCAUUGUGAUAAUGUAACAGGCAGUAGUUUAGGCUCACCCAUCAGUCAUAGCAGUCGAUACCAUUGUGAUAAUGUAACAGGCAGUAGUUUAGGCUCACCCAUCAGUCACAGCAGCAGUAGUUUAGGCUCGACCAUCAGUCAUAGCAGUCGAUACCAUUGUGAUAAUGUAACAGACAGUAGUUUAGGCUCACCCAUCAGUCAUAGCAGUUGGUACCAUUGUGAUAAUGUAACAGGCAGUAGUUUAGGCUCACCCAUCAGUCAUAGCAGUCGAUACCAUUGUGAUAAUGUAACAGGCAGUAGUUUAGGCUCACCCAUCAGUCAUAGCAGUUGGUACCAUUGUGAUAAUGUAACAGGCAGUAGUUUAGGCUCACCCAUCAGUCAUAGCAGUCGAUACCAUUGUGAUAAUGUAACAGGCAGUAGUUUAGGCUCACCCAUCAGUCAUAGUAGUCGAUACCAUUGUGAUAAUGUAACAGGCAGUAGUUUAGGCUCACCCAUCAGUCAUAGUAGUCGAUACCAUUGUGAUAAUUUAACAGACAGUAGUUUAGGCUCACCCAUCAGUCAUAGUAGUCCAUACCAUUGUGAUAAUGUAACAGACAGUAGUUUAGGCUCACCCAUCAGUCAUAGCAGUCGAUACCAUUGUGAUAAUUUAACAGGCAGUAGUUUAGGCUCACCCAUCAGUCAUAGCAGUAGUUUAGGCUCACCCAUCAGUCAUAGCAGUCGAUACCAUUGUGAUAAUGUAACAGGCAGUAGUUUAGGCUCACCAAUCAGUCAUAGCAGUCGAUACCAUUGUGAUAAUGUAACAGGCAGUAGUUUAGGCUCACCAAUCAGUCAUAGCAGUCGAUACCAUUGUGAUAAUGUAACAGACAGUAGUUUAGGCUCACCCAUCAGUCAUAGUAGUCGAUACCAUUGUGAUAAUGUAACAGACAGUAGUUUAGGCUCACCCAUCAGUCAUAGCAGUCGAUACCAUUGUGAUAAUGUAACAGGCAGUAGUUUAGACUCGACCAUCAGUCAUAGUAGUCCAUACCAUUGUGAUAAUGUAACAGGCAGUAGUUUAGGCUCACCCAUCAGUCAUAGCAGUCGAUACCAUUGUGAUAAUGUAACAGGCAGUAGUUUAGGCUCACCCAUCAGUCACAGCAGUUGGUACCAUUGUGAUAAUGUAACAGGCAGUAGUUUAGACUCGACCAUCAGUCAUAGCAGUUGA